CAUGCAGUAUGUGAGCUCUCUCGGUCAGUGAAGUUGAUUUGCAAGAGAGAUAAUAAUCAUGGCCGAACAAGCGGGCGGCGGCAGGUUGAAAAGCGUGGUGAAGCGCCUCCUGCCCAAAAGCAUGGUCAAAGAGCACGGUGAAUUCAGCCUGGACGGCGAAGACGAGGUCAAAGACACGGUGGGCGACCUGCCGCACAGUGAGAGCGGCUUCAGUCGUACGGCACGCCGCUCCUCCCUGCAGAGGGCGCACAGCUUCAUUCUGGACAAGGGGGUCAAGGCCAAGAGCCGCUGGUCUAAGUUCAGUGCGUCCACGCUCGAUCUCAGCACUUUUUCUAGUCACGACCUCGAGGUACAGGUGACCUCGGGCGGUCGACUUCGACUUGGUAGCGCUCCAGACUUUGAAACCGAGAGGCUUUCAGAGAAGAGCUCAUCGGAGACGAAGACAUUGAAAGGCGGCAAGCAAAAAAGCGGCGAAAAAGAGAGCGGGGAGAAAAAGCGGUUCGCCAAGCGUGCCAAGGCGAGUGCCACCAAUCAGCAGCAGUUGACCAACUCGUCGGCCGAUCUCAGCCUCUCCACUUUGAGUCUGGGCGAGCAGCAGGCUCGUUCACGCUCACUGACACAUCUGGACGCAUUGGAUGGGGCGCGCGCGGGCGAGGCGGGGUCGCGUAGCGCUGGAGGCACCGCCGCUGUCCCGUCUACCGACGCCUCACCCUGCGCCACCCCCGGUCGGGACUUCCAGCACAGCGCCCUCGAGGCGGCCGCCGCCCUGCUGAGGCAGCCACCUCCUACCCCCGGCAUGGACGACCUCAACCAGCGGCUUGUAGUGCCCUCCAACGACCCUUCCAGAGAUAGGAGACGCACCCUGGCCAGGUCGCAGGUUUCCAGUUCCGAGUUUUUCAGCAUCAGCUUCGAAGGAGUUGAGGUGGAUGAAAAUCUCCGAACAGAGUUUAUCCCUGCCACCAAAGGAAUGCUGCUUGUCGAUGCUCUGGCCGAAGCGUGUGAUCGGCGAAAAUUGGAAAUUAACUCGAUGGACGUGUUUCUGGACACAAACAGGAAGCCACUUCACAUUUCCGCAGUAGACACUCACAGUCUGGGUGGGAAACAUCUUUUAAUCUGUGCAAAAGGAAGUGGGCCUUCUCGACUAGCUAGAAAUCCCUCGUGCACUAGCCAGCCAUCCUCGAGAAAAACAUCUGGAGGGAGCUACAAAGGCAAGGGAACGCGUUUCUUCAGCGCCAGUACGGAGGACGCGACCUACGCUGCCGAGCAACACGGCCACUUUGAGUUCAAAAUUCCGCUGUCUAAGCAGUCGUCGUCCAAGCAACCGUGGAGCUCGAUAUUCGGUGCAAAUAAGCAACAGCAACAAGACAACAAAUGCAUGGACUUGUUGGUGGAUCAGUUGAACAUUUUUAGCAGAUUUGGUUGUGUUGACAAAUCGUGUUCUGUGCCUUCGUCUAUGUCCUCGUCUACCUGUGAUCAUGAAAGAUUCUUUUUAAACUUGUACGAUAUGGAAGAUGACUGGCGGGAUCUGGUGCACGGCUGUGAGGACCUGAGUGAAAAGAUCGUGCAACAACAGACAGCGAUAUGGGAGCUGGUGCAGACUGAGCUCUCGUACAUUCACAUCUUGGGAGUGGUUCGAGACCUGUUUAUCGCCUGCCUACGACAUUUGCAAGCCGAGAACUUGUUGGAGCACGUCGACCCGUCGCGACUGUUCAGCAACAUCAGUGAUAUUUACCUGGUGAACGUCAGCUUCUGGCUCAACCAUAUUCAGCCGAUGGUCGACCGCAGCAGGGCGACCAAGCAGCUGUUCAACCCGAGCCUCAUGCUAGCAGGAUUUCUAAAGUUCGACGAGUUGUUCGCCCCCUACACCCGCUAUUGCUCUGAUCAACAGGACCAAUGUCAGCAGUACUGCCGCGAGAACAUGCAAACCAGUGAAUUAUUCAUGGCCUACUUGGCAUGGUGUGAAGCUCAGCGUGAAUGCAAACGCCUCCGCUUGCUCGACAUCCUCGUCAAACCGAUGCAACGGCUCACCAAAUACUCGCUCCUCUUGAAAGCCAUCUUAAAAAAUACAGAUGAUACUGACCAAAGGAUGGACCUGCUGCUAAUGAUAAAGCAUGUGGACCAUUUCGUGAGCAGCGUGAACACGUCCUUGCGGAUGCAGCAGGACGAGGAGAAGUUGCGUGUGAUCGCAGCCAGGAUCAACAGCUACGAGGUCAUGCAGGAAAUCAAGGACGACGACUUGGAGAAGCUGGUAAAGGCGCACAGCGAGCUCAACCUCAACACGCCGAUGCCAGGCUGCACGUCCAGCCAGUUCAGGCAACUCGUCUUCGAGGGCGGCCUCAUCCUCAAGGAACAUGCCAAAUCCAAAGUUACUAAGACUGAGGUGCACGGGCUUCUCUUCACCGACAUUCUACUGUUGAGCAAAGUGACGAACGCCGGCAAAAAGCAGCCGGAAAAUUACAAAGUGGUGCGGCAGCCAUUCGUCGUGGAUCGCUUGCAGAUGGUGGAUAUCGUACGAGAUUCGCAGCCUGGUCUGGGGGUAGUUUACCUCAACGAGUUCCAGACCGCCGUCGCGGCAUUCACUCUAUUUUCGAACGACAAAGCGACAAGCAUUAAGGUUUGGGCGGAGAAAAUCCGGAAAACGCAGCACGCGUACAAGCAGGCCAAGAGUGCUGCAAAGGCGGCCGAAACGGCGGCCGCGCUGGCCGCCGGCAUGAUGCACCCAGACAUGACAGAUGACGGCAUCGAGGACACGGGCCAUUACCUCGCCUUCUCGUCGCGAAGCCAGAGCUCGUCACGGAUGCUCAGUCUCAACCACUCACAAAGCAUAUGCAGCGAAUCAAUGGAGAUCACUGAUGCCUCCAGCUUCAAUCAGAGCAGAGGUGUAAGCUUGGAAAUGGAAGCAGGAAGAGGGUCAAGCAUCAGUUCCGAUGAGGGCUCGUCAGGAGGGGAGUUGAAGCUCACUUUCACUCCACCCCAUGGCAACACGCCGUCUCCACGAAUCGAAAAACGCUCUCCAAUGCGUUCACCCAACAUGUUGGGCGUGCAGCACAUUCGUCACGGCGGCGGCCAAUCCCUGCCCAACCUGAGCCUGUCGGAGAGCCCGUCCUCAGGGAUGACCAGUCCUGUCAACCUGCCGCAGAAAGGCACCAACAGCCUGCUGUCCGUGCCGACGAGCAAGGGCCUUUCGCCGCAGAGGGGCGUCUCGUACCCGCCACCGUCGCCCCGCGCCCUCAGACGCAGCUACGCGGUGCCGCAGUCACGCAAUCCGCCCCUCAUGAAGAGCAGACACGUGCUCGGCGUCAGGUCGGCCAAUGACUCCGACGCUGCUGCCGAUUCCCUGUUAAUUAAUGAAAUUUCAACUUCAAAAGAGUGCUCGAGCAGUUCGAAUCUGAAGUUUGAAGAAGAGAGCCCUGGAAUGCGAGCAUAUAGACAGGUUUUUAACGCGAAACGACCAGUGAGGACCGCUGAUGGGAGACGUUACCACACAGCCGGUGUCAUCGAUGAUCUGAAGCAAUUCAGUUUGGAUCCUCCAAAGAAGUUGGACAUCAAAGACGCGAGCAUCCAUAAAAGACUGUCGUGGAACUGCGGCGCCAACUCGGCGGGCAUGCAGCCACUGGGCGCGUGUGCUAGGAACUCGACCGUCAGUGCAGACAGUGUGCAGAGCUCGAGCGGCGUGUCCAGCAGCACUGGCAGCCAGCCGUUGCUUUACCAGAAUGAGUCAGCAGACUCCAAGAUCAUGGCGCAGGCAGAAGGACAACCUCCAACAUCACCUCUUCCAGCAUUGAAAGUUUGUCCAGCUACACCAUUGCUAAAGGCCGUCGAAGACGAAUUAGGCGCAUUGGAAUCCGAUGCCAACAUGUUUUCUACAGUAGAAGACAUAGUGGAAGCAUUUAAUAUAGAGGUGAUCCAAAAUAUGGGUAGCACCGAGUCUGGUUCUGAGCCUAAUUUCCCCCAUCAGCUGCCACCUUCAGUAUCUCCGGCCGUUCGCAGAAGCGAGUGCUCAUUAUCAGGGCCUCCGCCCAUAGUUCCUCCAAGGUCCAGGAAUAAUUCGUCCAAUUCCGACAAAAGCGAUCUCUGCUCCAAGAUGGAUUCCACGGAUGUGUGAGAGGGGCGAGCCUCUGUGGACGAAACGGCUACAGAGGCUCUAAUUCUGAACGACUUCUCCACAACGCACCAAGGGACCAGAAAAUUCCUGACCAACGCUGCUCGGAGCUGCUCAGUCAUCUGGAGCAAAAUCAAAUCAUCGGUCGACCAAAGUCAGCCUGACGAACCGUCAGACACCAAUUUGGAAAAAUUUUCCAACCUCUUUAACAUUUACAAAAAGUGAAGCCGUGAUGAAAUACACACACCCAUGAUAUAAUCUAUUCGCAGUGCUGAGAGCGGUAAAAAUAUUUUUUAAGCGAGAGUAAUUCAGAAAUAUUUUAUCUACACACGAGAAUGAGAGGUGAAAAAGAAAGGGAUUUUGUAAAUACACGCGCAUAAUUAUUAUAUAUUCACGAACUUAAAAGUCUGUCAUCUCUGCUGGGUAACAAAAUAUAGCCAAGAUAUAGACUCUGAGGAAAAUUCUGAAGGCUUGUAGUGAUAGAAGGAAAGGUCUUGUCAUUUUAAUAUCGGUCUCUCGAUUGAUGUUCGCCUGUCGCUUAGUGCGAAAGAAAAUUAAACGUAAAUAUACAAUACAUUUCAGCCUAAAAUAAAAUUGUUCUCUUCCUUCAAACUGCAAAUUUUCCAGACUGAAAGUGAGCAUACACAAACGGCACUUUGAAAAUAUUCACGCGUUUGCAAAAGAAUAUUGAAUAAACGUGUAUUGAAAUAACACAUGAAUAUCAAUAAAAGUUAAAUGUAAGCUACCCAAUACCAAGAAAUCAAUGGUAAAGUUAAGCAAAAUUCUAAAGGAGCAGUAGAAGUCGGAGGUUAUUUUAUACUUUUGAUUUCGUUGUUAUGGAAGUAAAGCGGAGAACACGGAAAGUUAAGUCUCAGGUGAUGAAAUUACGAAAGUGUAUAAAACGCAACUAUACUACCGAGUCGUGUACUGGAAUUUCGUUUCGUUAGGUUAGACCGUAGCGUUCAGACCAUUUCAAACAUUAUUUAGACACAGUUGUCAGGUCGAACAAAUCCGCGAGGCAACUUCAUACGUGUUUAAUCCCUAUGAAGAGGCAAUUAUUCCUGCAGUUAAAAGAAAAGCAUGUUUAGUCUCGUCAUGCAUCAUGUAAUUAAAACUCGAUUGCCUAACGCCUAACGUAGCGCAGAACGUAUAUUCAUAAAAAUAGUCAAUCGUUCAGAAAAAGGGGAAUCACAACUUCGCUAUAAAACCGUGAGUGUUUUGUAAUAUUUAGGUAAUUGAUGUGACAAAGGAAAAAAUUAUUUAUGGUUGCGCGUUUAUAGUAUCAAGUGAACACAUCACAAAAUUUUAGCCAUUUUGACUAGCAAUCUCACAAAGUGCACUGUUUCUUCUUUUUCCGCAAAAAUGGUUAGUUUUUAUCAUGAUAUCGGCGCCACGUUAUGAAUAAUAUUAAUAAUUGUUCUUGAAGACCCUGUGCAUUUUCAAGAUUUUGAGCAUUCAAAAUUUUAUUGUGAUUUCAAUUUUCCAAAGAAAUUUAUAUUUCUUAUGUGUAUUUUAUUAGUACUGAAGAGAAUUUUGAAUUUAUUAUGAAAUUAAAAUAAUUUGUUAGGCAAAACGCGUAGCCUUAGCGAUAAAAUACUACUUCUUCCUGUGAGUGCGUGUAAGUGUGUUUCUCUUGCAGAUUCAUUAAGGCAAAUUGUGAUUUUGACAGACAAGGAUGGCCUACCUCUUGCCUGAGUAACAUAAAAACGACUCUUAUAGCUUCGCACUUGUUAUCUAGAGGAGAUUUUAAAAGUUGCAAAAGGGGAAAACGAGAAACUCAGACUGCUGCAAAUUAAUUUAAAAUUGUUAUUGUUAAAUUCAACAACUCAAACACUAUAUAUGAAAUAUUUCUCUUGUAAGUGUGGUGUACUGUGAAUGGCUUAAGUCAUGAAUCAAUCAAUUAUAAUGCGACUAGUCAUAGUAAAAGUUGAGGGAAGAUACACUGACGCAAUGCAAGACCUAUAGAGUAAAAUUUCCUCGAGUCUCGACCACUUGAACGUUUGCAAUAAUGAAAAGUUUUAAAGAAGGUAGUAAAAAUGCAUAUCCCUUUGAUAAAAUUCCUCCAGAAGUAAGAUAAAAUAAAAGAAACUCGAUAUUUGACAUAAAAGUUAUAGAGUUUUCAAGUUAUAUAUUAUAUCAUAAUAAUUUGUUCCUCUAUAGAUAAACGUAAACUAACUGAACUCAGAGUAUUUAAUAUAUUUUCUUAUUCAGUUUUUUAUCUUAUUUUCUGCCUCACUGACAAAAUGGGUAUCAGCACAACUAAAAUUUAUCCGUUUUAUGUGUAGACACGGUAUUUCCAAAAAAGAAAAAUUAGCAAUAAAAUCCUCGUCUUGGAUUUGCUGUAAUUUAUUUGACAUGAUAUUUACUCAUUCAAUGUAUAUGUUUUUGCCUAAUGCGUAACACACAUUAUUUAAAAAAAUCAACUAUUGCUCAAUUACAAGGAUACACACUCUAAAUAUAAUUUAAAACUCUUCUACUCUAUAGCCUUUUUAACAUCGACGGCACGUUUCAACGCUAUUUUAUCUUCCUUUUGUUUACUACAUUUUUUACCUUUGAUUUUAAUUAACAAACAUGAUCUCAUAUCUAAGGUUUCCAGGUCUAAACUUGUUUCAGAAAUUCAGCCAACUACAAACAUUAUAAUUAUGUAAAUAUAAGGAAGGAUAUACACUCAAUAAAAAUCCAAAAUAUAUGUUCGGAUUUUUUGUCAUUUGUUGUCUGUUUCCUGUGAUUUCAUUCUGAAAUUAAAAGAUUACUCGAAAAUUGAUAAUUUAAACUCUGUUUUAGAACUAUUGAACUGUAUAUAUACUAUUAAUUAUUACAAAUGUUUAUUACUAAAAUGAGAAUCAAGUUAUUGUAAAUAAUACUGUGGAAAUUAGUUCAAUAUGUUGUGGUCAAUAAAUAAAUGUGAUUGAUGUCAUAUGUAAA